CCUUGAACCGACCGAAGACUCGCCAUACAUCAUGCACUGUAAGGCAGUGAUUGUCAUGACGUGAGGAACGUGUACGUUUGCGGUUUGAUCAUGCUUCCUGUGAGGAUUGGCGUUGUCGGCGCAGGUGUGGUAGGCCUCUGUACAGCAGUCAAUGUUCAGCAGUUACUACCCCAUGCAUGGGUGACGAUCAUUGCCGACAAUUUUUCCGAAGAGACCACAAGUGAUGGUGCAGGUGGACUCUUCAGACCUACGGCAGAGUUCAUCAAAGGUGUACCUCCUGACACAAUCAAACAGUGGACCAGAGAUUCUGCUGAGUAUUUCAUGAAGAUUGCUGCCUCAGCUGAUGCGGGGAAGUUUGGGGUAUUCCCCAUGAGUGGAUACCAUUUACUUAACAGGGAAGUGAAUCCUGAGUACAAAUCUCUGGUUUAUAGUUUCCGACAGUUGACUCCAGAGGAACUUCAAAAACUGGGUACGACUUACAGCAAUGGGUAUGCCAUCACCACACUGAUUGUUGAACCGAGGAAAUACAUGGCUUUUCUGAUGACUGAGUUCCGAAAGAAUGGAGGUCAAUCACAGAAGAGAACUCUUCACAGUUUGGAGGAGCUGGUGGGUCAGUUUGAUGUGGUGGUCAACUGUAGUGGGAUGAGGAGCAGGUGGCUGGUCAAUGACCCUCUGGUCUAUCCUGUUAGAGGUCAAAUCAUCAAGAUUAAUGCUCCUUGGAUUAAGAGUUUUAUCUACACAGAUGAUGAUGCUUACAUUAUUCCACGAGGUGAGGAUGUGGUGUUGGGUGGAGUGCGUCAUACAAAUGAUUUCAGUACAGAAAUCCGAGAACAGGAUAAGCAGGGGAUUCUGGACAGGUGUGCCCGACUAAUCCCCAGUGUCAAGAAGGCAGAAAUCGUGAAGGACUGGGCAGGACUUAGGCCACACCGGGAUCCUGUCAGACUGGAAACAGAAAACAUGAAAUUUAAGUCUGGUGACCUUCAGGUUGUUCAUAACUAUGGCCAUGGUGGGAACGGCAUUGCGCUAAGCUGGGGUGUUGGAGUGCAUGCUUCCAAACUGGUCAAGGAUUACCUGGCCAAAUCACGACCCAUGUCCCGACUGUGAUGACAGAAAACAGGGAAAUUGUGUAUAAUCAUAUUUUUGCCAUUUUCUGACUGAUAGUUUAUGUUGUAAUCUGAGAAUAUUAGGUGAGGGCCAGCUUUGUUUGUGGAUUUUAUAAGUGGAAAUAGUUGUUUGAAAUUUGAUUUCUAUUUUAACAAAAUGUACCUAUUUUCGAAUAUUUAUGUAUAAUACUUUAAAUAGGAUAACAUGGAAUUUUUUAUCAGUUACAGGUAUCGUACUGCAUAAAAAAAUAUUGUAGUUAAAGUUUCAGUACUAAAAUGUUGGUUUUAUCUUUUUUAAAUUAUCAGUUUAUUAUUUGUUAUGUCCAGGCCAUAUUAUGGAAGGUGUUCCCAUGUGCACAGCUAGGCUGAGAUCAAUCUCCGGCUUGAGAUAUCAGCUGCCUAGUACCUACUUGUGCAGAUUGUCAGCUUACAUGAUUGAUUGCCUAUGAACUCCUAUAUUUAUAUGACUGCCAUAUCAACAGCAACAUUUUACGUAUAAUUUGUUUUAUUUUAUGUGCUAAUUAUAUAAGUGUACAAGAUGACCAAUUAAUGGUAAGGGUAUAUUUCUAUGAUAUAUUGUUAUUAGGUAUAAUAAAGACAGAAUUAUUGAUGAAUAUAAGGUUCUGCAUUUAGGCCUACAGUCAUACAAAGAUUAACAUGUGCGGUACAUUUACCUAUUAUAAUGACUAUAAAAUUCAUAACUUACAUGAUUAAUUUAAUUGUGUUCCUUAUGAAAGAUAUGUGGCUUUGUAAUAUAAAAUACGUCUGU